CGGCCGACAGAGGGUGUUGACCGAUCUCGGGUUAAUUUUUCGCUCAAGGCACAAGAGAAGUGUUUUCAAGUGUCGUUGUCUCAAGUAGUCGAGUUUUUCCGAUACAGAGUGAACGUUCACAGUCACUGGCAUCUGGUCUGGUGAAUGGGAAGAGUGAUUUGUAACAAAGACGAUUCGAAAGACAAAACAUUCCAUUAAAAUCCCGUCCUAGCCGUUAAAGAUGGAUAGCCAAGUUUUGCUGGUGGUUACUGCGCUGAUCGUUUAUAUUGUUAUGACCAUAUGCGCCCUGAUCCCUGUAUGUAUUGUUGCCAAAAAAUCAUCAAAGGAUUGCAAUUUUAGUCGUGGCACCGAACGGAUAAUGUCUUUCUGUAAUUGUAUGGCCGGGGGUGUUUUCAUUGCAAUGUGCUUUCUAGGCCUUCUUCCAUAUGCCCAGGACAAAACACGGAAAGUGCUUGAAGACCUUAAUAUUACAACUGACUUUCCUGCGGCAGAGUUUACAUGUAUACUAGGCUUCUUCCUUAUCAUGUCAGUUGAACAACUUAUCCUGCAAUGUCAGCAAUCCAAGAACUUACAGAAGGGGACCUGGGAAAUUUCCCAAAAUCUCGAUGAGACUGAAAGAUCAACUAAAUUGAAUUACUACAAGACGGUUAGAGAUGAAAGUGCUUCUGAACAACUACUGGGGAAAAAACCGUUGGAAGUAGUCUCACCAGAGAGUCCUUCUGUUCUGAAAGAAGUCAAUCUCCCAAGAAUCUACCAAAAUGUCCCCAUGGUCACUUUCAAAGAAGAAGAUAGCGAUGAAUCACAUAGUCCUAAAAAAAUACCCCAAGCAGGACCAAACUGUAGCCAUCAUCAAGUUGAAAUGAUACUCAAGAACAAGUCCGGGGGAACCCUUCGUCUAGCCUUGCUUUAUAUGGCCAUCAGCAUUCACUCAAUGUUUGAAGGCAUGGCCCUUGGCUUGCAAACAGAUCCAAUGAAAAUCUUCCACCUGUUUUUCGCGAUCGUCUUUCAUGAAGCUCUCAUUGCCUUCUCAGUUGGCAUUACCAUGGCUCGCCAACAUUUGACCCUUAAACAAGGUGUCAAAUAUAUUCUCAUUUUUUCCUUAGCCGUCCCGCUAGGCAUUUUUCUUGGUCUGAUUGUUCAACAAGCACCCGGUACCGGAGGAUCCGUCGCCUCAGCCAUUUUCCAAUCGCUUGCUGCUGGUAUAUUUAUUCACGUCACAUUCCUCGAGCUAGUUCCGGCUGAACUGGCAAAUUCCAAAGACAGGAUGGCAAAAGUCGCCUUCCACUUUCUUGGAUUUGUUGCUAUGGCAUUAGUAACAAUCACAAUGGGUUCCCACCAUUAAGUCGCUGACUUCUUUCUUUCAUACUGAUCUACAUUGUUUGUUGUCUGUUUUAAACCCCUCGUUGACUCUGGCAUGAUCGCUGAUAUUGUAUCCCACGUGUUCUCCAAUUCUGAAUUUGAUAAUCGAAAUUUUGUUCAUUUUUUUUUUUGCCUUUUGUUUCGUAAAAGACUAGUCGCCUUGUGAAGAUCUGAAGAAAGUGCAAUCAAGAUGCGUGUGGAAGGCGGAAAUAAAAAGAAACGUAACCGAGAUAA